AUGCAACAUCAAGCCUUCAACCCCAGGGACUACCCUAUCGUCAUGGCCAUCGACUUUGGCACCACCUUCUCAGGAUGCGCCUAUGCCUAUGCUCAGGAUGACAAGGAGGUCAUCGAUAUCACAUCAUGGCCAAAGCAGAGCAUUCAGUAUCCAAAGACCCCUACCCUGAACCUCUACAAGAAGGAUGACCCCGAGCACAAGCUGGUCACUUGGGGUUGGAAGGCAAAGCUGGAGACUCUCAGACCCUCGGCCAGGCACCACACCUUGCUCUACCAGUACAAACUCCACCUGGACGAAAACAUGCAAAACGCGCCCCUGGAGGUCGACAUCACCGUCCUCGAAGCCAUCUCCCACUACCUCGAGGCCUUCCACGAGUACGUCGUCGGCGAGAUCAUGCGUGGAUUCGCCAAGAACUUUCAGCGCGACCACUUUAGAUACUGUCUCACCGUGCCAGCAAUGUGGUCCGACAGAGCCAAGAACGUCAUGCGUCAAGCCGCCGUUAAAGCUGGCCUCAUCAAGGAGAGCGACCAUCCCGACCGACUCAUGUUGAUCUCUGAGCCCGAAGCUGCCGCCCUGUAUUGCGAGCGCAAAUGCGACCAAUUCGAUCUCGGACAUGGCGACCGCUUCAUGAUUUGCGACGCUGGUGGAGGAACUGUCGAUUUGAUCGUCUUUGAGAUUGCAGUGACAAGUGCUGGACGUCGACUCUCGGAGGUGACCAAGGGUCACGGUGCCUCCUGCGGUUCCGUCUUCCUCGAUCGCCACAUGCGUCGUCUCCUGGAUCAAAAGUUUGGUCACCACACCGCCAACUUCCCGGCCAACAUUAUUCCCAACUUGGUCGACACCUUUGCUGACGCGAUCAAGCCUCAGUUUGACGGUAUCGAGGAUCAGUUCUUGUUGCUCCCCGCCAACAGGUGCUUUGAAGAUUUGGAGGAUCCCGAGGCCAUUGGUAUCGAUGAUGGCUACCUGGUGUUGACAGCGGCGGAGUUGAAGGAGCAUGUCUUUGAACCUGUCGUCAAAGAUGUUCUUUCGUUAAUUCAGGAGCAGCUGACGCAGGCUGGAAACUGCUCGGCCAUCUUCUUGGUCGGAGGAUUCGGAUCUUCGAGCUAUCUCUACAGCCGUGUCAAAGCCCAGUUCAGCUCACAGGUCGGACUCAUUUCCAUUCCUCCUCGUCCCGAGUUGGCCGUUGUCCGUGGGGCUGUUUGCGUAGGAUUGAAUCCUCGUGUCGUCACCUCGCGUAUUGCUCGUCGUUGCUACGGUAUUUCCUCGGAUCAGCCUUUCGAGAAGGGCAAAGAUCCUUUAGCGAAGCGCAAGUUCGAGGUCAACGGUGUCUGGUGCAUUGACCGUUUCUCGCCCUAUGUCCGAAAGGGCCACAAAGUCAACGUGGACGAAUGUAUUUCGCGCGAGUUCUCGUUCACAAAGUACUCGGAGGCACCAGAAGACUACAACAUUGCCCUGUAUGCUACCGAUAUGGAUGGAGACCCACCACGCUACACAACUGACGUUGGUGUGUCCAAGCUCGCGGAUAUCCCUAUUCCAUGCCCGCACGCACCCUCGUCUCGCCUAGGAUCCAUGGUCAAGGUCAAGGUGAACAUGCAUGUCGGAUUGAACGAGAUUAAGGCCGAGGCUGUUGUUGGCGACAAGGUCUACAGUACCAUCCUGCAGUUCGACGCUGUCGACACUUUCUAA